GGUGAAAGAACGUUGAUAGGAGGGGAUGCUAGCAAGACUUACUAACACAGGAAAUACAUUUCAAGAAGAUAAGAUAGAAAUGGAUUUCUUUUUGAUGCUGUGUCUCUGCUUUAUAGUAGUUGGGCAUCAGUCCUCAGGUCUAACAACAAUGUUUGCUUCAGUGGGUGGUAGUAUUUCCUUACCUUGUGGUUCAACCUCACCAACGUACUGCUCUUCUGUUAACUGGAAAAUGAAAGAAGGGCAGAGUGGCAUCCCCAAAUUUGUGGUCAAAUCAGGAAAAAUUACAAACCAAGAACAAGCCAGUCGACUGACAGUUGCACAGGACUGUUCACUGCAAAUUCAUCAUCUUAACAUGUCGGAUGGAGUACUUUACAUUUGUGAAGAUACAGAAACCAGAUCAGAGAUCUCACUUGAGCUUCUAAAAGUUGAUCUGGUGCCUGCAGAGAAAACAGACAUUCUGCUUCAGUGCUACUUGAAUAACUAUAAUGGAAGUCCCUUUUGUAACGAAACAAUUACACAAGAGAUGAAGUGGCUUAACGAAGACGAAACAGAGGUAAUUGGAACAAGAUUUCGGACAGAUAAGAAAAAUGCUUGUUUUCAUACACUGUUCAUCACACCCAAGAAGUCAGACCAUCACAGGAAAUGGACAUGUCAAGUAACUGAUAUUAAUGGCAUUAAAACCAGCUACAGUUACACCACAUCAAUUCCAGAUGGUAUUGAGGAAGUGUUUGCUGUGGUUGGUGAGUCAGUGUCACUUCGCUGUGACAAUGCAUCCUCUCUGGUCAAAGGUAGCAGUCCAUGGUGGAGAAGGAAAAGUGAACAAGAAAGUGCAUUGGUCCGUCUAUCUGAAUCAGAGACUGUUACAGCAGGCUCAAGGAGGGAGAUACCUGAAACCCAUAUGAACCAUGAUUCCUCCUUAGUCAUCAACAAAGUGAGACCACUGCAUUCUGGGUAUUACACAUGUUCACUCCUCAAUGUAUCCCUCAACAGAAUCAAACUACACACAUUAGAGGUAACGGCAGAGUGGGCUUCUCCAGGUAGAAAAAAUCUCACCUUGACCUGUUUGCUCAUGUGUGGGGGAGCAUGUGGACAAGACCUCAAUUUAACUUGGGCACCCAGUAACCCAGAUGCAAAGCUGAGUACAAGAAAAGACCAUGAAACCCUGGUGUCUACAUUCUUCCUGCCAGAUCCAAAGAGCAAUGAGUCAGCCUUCUGUUCCGUGUACAGAGAAGGGGUCAAAAUGGCGACGAGAAAGUGGCCCUUUCAAGAGAAUCGAACAGUGAUUUUGGUUGCUUGGUUAGUCCCUCUUCUGAUCUUACUGCUGUGCCUGGUUGGAGGGAGUGUCUACUAUUUGAGGAAGAAGUUCAGGAGAGCUACAGAGGAAGCACAGGGUUCUAUUGGAAUGAGCCAUGUAUAUGAAGUUGUUCUUGACGGACUACCACCCAAUUCACAGCAACCAAGAAGAGAAGCAAACAGUACAGAUAACAUUUGUAGUUAUGAUCUUUUACAAGCUGUGAACUGAAUGUCAUAUUAUGUCUUAUGUUGUAUACACUGUCUAAAUAUCAUUAACCAGAACCUGGGAAAUUACAUUUACACAAACUGGACAACAAUGAAAUUGUUUAAAAUUAAAGUGUUCAAAAGUGUUUUUGAAAGAAAUACGUAUUGGCACACUUUCUACACUAGAAAUUACACUUUGGAAAGAAUGUCUUGGAACACUCAUAGUAACAUGUCAAAGAAAGGCAGAAGUGCAGUUCAUCCUUUUCACUCGUAUAUAACUGCAGAAAAAAAGAUGAAUCGAGAUUAUGUUUACUCAUAAAAGAAUGAUCAAAUACACAAUAAAAAA